UAUGUUGAGUCGUCCACAAGUUAAGUACGUGCGGCUCGAUCAGAAGAUGGGGUCUAGGGCUUUUGCACUUAUUUUCCAACCCAGGAGCUUGUGUUUCGUUCGAUUCUACGCUGCUGACGUUGUAAUAAGGAGGAGUCUUCACUGCACGACCUUUUUACCAACCAGAGACACUGAUGAUAGUGGCCAACAGGCGAACCAGCUAUCUCGUCCAGGGGAGCACGCACAUCAAAGUGUCGGUAGCUCCACGUACGGUGCCCUAAUGGACUCUGCAAAGACCCAGUCCCAGUUGUCCAACAGAGAACAGUUUGCUCUGGUUCUAAAAGAAUUCAUGUCGCGGGAAAAGUACAGAAAGGGCCACGUCUCCUUCAUCAACAUGGCACUGACGAGAAUGGAAGAAUUUGAACUCGAAAGAGACCUACUCACUUACAAUAGAAUUCUUGACGUGUUCCCAAAGGGUCGCUACAAGCCAAAGCGACUCCUCGAUGCGCUCUGGCCUCGUCCCUUGCCUCAGACGGAACUAGCUCUGGAGCUGCUCACGAGAAUGGAGGACAACAAUGUAUGGCCUGACGACGUCACCUACAGUCUCCUAGUGGAGGUGUUUGGGAGGCACAGUCUCCCGGUGGACAAGUGUGAGCGGAUGUCCUACUGGUACAGUCGCUACAGGGACUCGGACCCAUUCUGGAUUGAGGGAGAAGUACCUAGUGAUCCUGCUGAAUUGUCCAGACUUGCCUUGAGAAGAAUUGUCUCUAAUGAUGACAUUGUUGAAUACGAGAUGUCAUUGGGUGAUGAGGGGUUCAUAGUGAGUGGUCACAGUGAGACUCAGCUGCAGCUACUGCACCGACUGAGAUGUGAGGAGUCCAGACUCCUCCACGUGGAGGGUCCUCAUCGGAUCUGGAUCAAUAAAUCCUCCGUCCACUACUUCUCACUGAGACUGGCUCCCACUGAUGACACCAGGCAGACCGAUGAAGGUGCAGUCGUAGCAGUGUGUGCGUGCCAGCCGGCAACUCAGAGCUCUCUCCAGUGGUGGAUCAGGGAACUGCAGAUAGUCCACCCUCAGCUAACUCAUGCUACCAUCCUGUACAACAUUAGGACACAGGAGAGCUCUUCUCCACUGUUAGAUGGUAGUAAAAGCACGUUAUUAGCGACCACUGUAGAAGAACAGUCAACUUGAUGAUGUUCUCUGCACUGUUUGCGCAUGCGCGUCUUUAUCGUAUAAAAGAGAAUCCGCGACCACGUGUUUUUCCUAUUUGGAGCCCCUACCGUGGCAUUGUGAAGUUUGUUUGUUCUCCCGUAACUCUUACUGAACGGCAAAAUUCACCAUGUCUGGGGGACUAGAAGCCCUGGCAAUGAAGGAGGACGACGUCAAGAAGAUGCUGGCGGCCGGGACGCACCUCGGAGACGCCAAUGUCCACUUCCAGAUGUCCCUCUAUGUCUAUAAGACGAAAGCAGACGGAACUCCAAUCUUCAACCUGCGGAAGACGUGGGAGAAGAUCCUGCUGGCUGCCAGAGUCAUUGCGGCCAUUGAGAACCCCAGCGAUGUGUGCGUCCUCUCCAACAGGUCCUACGGACAGAGGGCCAUCUUGAAGUUUGCCCACCACACUGGAGCCAACCCCAUCGCCGGCAGGUUCACUCCCGGAACAUUCACCAAUCAGAUCCAGAAGGCUUUUCGCGAGCCACGCCUUCUCGUUGUGACUGACCCAUCCACCGACCACCAGGCUGUGACGGAGGCAUCCUACGUCAACAUCCCUGUGAUUGCCUUCUGCAACACCAACUCUCCACUUCGCUACAUCGACAUUGCCAUCCCCUGCAACAACCUUGGAAAAAACUCGCUGGGUCUGAUGUGGUGGUUUCUGUGUCGCGAGGUUCUUCGCCUCAGAGGCUCAAUCUCGAGGGAGCUUCCCUGGGAUAUCAUGCCCGACCUCUUCUUCUACAGGGACCCAGAAGAGGUGGAGAAGGAGGAGCAGGCAAAGCGAGAGGCUGAAGAAGCACAGGCUCUGGCACAGCAGACCACUGAACAGUGGUCCGCUGCCGUUCCUUCAACUGAGGUGACGACUGAUGCAGCUGCAGGGCAGUGGGACGCUGGCGGAGACUGGGGAGCAGCUCCAAUGGCGGCAUCGCAGGUGACUCCCGCUGCUGCACCAGUGGGUGGUCCAACACCAGCAGCACCAGCAGGGUUCACUGCCCCUAGCGGGACCACCGACCAGGACUGGAACAUGGCCGGAGGAACCACCACUGACUGGGGUGCCGAGGAUGGCGGAGACUGGGGCAGCACCGAGCCAAAGGCUACCGCUGGGAACUGGUGAAACGUCUUAGAUUGUGACUUAAUUUUUUGCUGUAUGAAAUAGGUUGAGAGCUGUAACAUCUCCGGUACAAUGCUAUGUUUGAGGAUAAGAUGUGAUGUAGCGUUAAUCUUCAGCUCUUGUCUCCACUGCCGUUGUCUAGAUCUGUGGGUUGCUGGACGACAGUAGGCGGCGUAAAAACAGAUUUGUCGCUCGUAGUUUCUUCUCUGAUAAACCCCAGGUAGACGAGUGCUGCAAACGUGACUAGCCCUAGAGGGAUGGCGUAUCUACCCCUCUUCUGUUCCACCGGCCCGGUCAUUAUGGAGUCGUCCACUAUUCGGAAGGUUCUUGCUCCGCUCCGGCUGAACGAAAUGGGAUCGUCAGACUUUUUGAAGGCUAGCCAUCUCCUCCCGCACGGUCUAGCGGUACGCCGAGCAGCAUCGAGCGAGAGUGUAGGCUGCAGCCUACAGAAGAUAAG